AUGCUGUUGCUCAUAUUAAUCUAUGUUUCUUUCUAUCCUCUUAAAGCUGAAGGGGAAGAAGAUGAUUUUUGGAAAGAGUUGACAUUUUCAGUCAGGACUAAUGUGGUAAGGUUAAGCCAGAGCCUUGGCCUAGUCCUAAAAUGUUUUGUUCAGAAUGGGACCAUUAGAUCGGCCCAUAUUUUAUGGACCGAUGAAUUUGACGAUAGUUUCGCGCAGGCUUACACCAAUGAGAAUAAAUCGGAUUUUGGAUUUUAUAAUGACAAACCGGUCCCAGAUGUUUAUAUCUCGCAGAAUUAUAUCUUCGAAGCUUUUCAGACAUUUCUGAAGUUCUACCAAAACCAAACAAAGAUCGGAAAAGUUUCGAUAACUAUUCCAAAUCUUCUAGAAGAUAUCAAAAAACAAUUGGAACCCGCCGGGAAGAAAUCGAAAAAAUCUCAGAUUCUGCGCUAUCCGAUUGUGAAUUAUAUCGUAUUUAAUACUUUCGAUUCGGAUGUUUAUUCAGCGUUUUUCAAUAUUGUCAGAGGAAUUCCGGAUCAUAUUCGAGUUUCGUUUUUCUUUUUUGCCGAGCGUACCCAAAAGAUUUUGGAUGGCAAAGUUUUGGAGGCUGUUCAGGUUCUUGUCAUUCUUUGUUUUAUUCCAAAAUGACCCCUAAAAUCCACAUUUUUCAGUUUCGAAAGACCAAAAAUCUGGAUCUACGAGCCAUCGAAACCGAUCUUAACGAUGAUCAGUUUCAUCAACUCGAUUGCCAAAUGGUAAAUAUACGCUCAACAAGUCUGACAAAUCAAGGAAUCAAUCAAAUGCUCAAAGAAUGGCAAGAUGGUUUUCGGGCCACAGAAUAUAUGAAAAUUGUUAGUGAUGACAUUCAGAAAGCUGAAAUCAUGGAUGGCGUGACUAAAAAGACGUUGCAACGUGGCACGUGGCAGAUCAGAAAUCGAUUCAAUUCAACGGCGACAGUUACGAUAAGUCGAAUUCCUACCAACUUUUUUGAUGCCCAACCCACUUUCGAGUUUUCUGUGAACUAA